CAAAAAUAACCGCGAAUAUUAAUAGAGAAACUUUCUCGAUCAAACACGACUUCUCACUCGACCAGACAGAAAAGCGGAACGUAACUACGGGAAUAUCAAAAUUGACCAGAGAGAGAUUUCCCUUCGCAAGCAACGUAAUUAAUUACACGAUUGCCCCUCGGUGGCGUCUCGAUACCUGGUCUCGAUACGCUCCCCACGAUUACCUUAUCUCCAUUUUAAAAGCAAGAAAACAAGCGUCAUUGGCCGCGGUCGCAUCUUUCAACGGAAACCCGCGAGAGAGGAGAGGUAUAUACAUAAGACGUAUUACAGGUAUACGGGAACGGUCAGGUAGAACUCACGUACGUUAAGGUCGUGUAGCCGGUUAUUAUGUAGCCGAUAUGGUUCCGAGGCAAUUAAUACUAUUGUUAUGAUUCAGACGAAUACGUCAUAUGUGUCUGAACGACGAUGCAACGGCGCGUUUUCGUUGGUCAGUAUUCGACUAUAAUAACUUCCAGCUACUCUGAUCCGGACCAGCUUAGAUCGUUCCACAUGCUUAGAAACCGCUUUCUAAAUUAAUGCAUUGGGAAAAAUGCGUGUUCGCUCGCCACCUGGAACGGAUGUAAUUAAUUGUUCAGUGUCACGACGAUAUAUACAAUACGGUAUGGAAAUAUCGAAAUAUAGUGGCUAUAGUUUGAUUCGUGGAAAGGAAUUUUGAUUCGGGAAAAGUGGCUCGAGAUAUGGUGCAAAAGAACUGAAACGCAUGAUAACACAUCGGUGAUCGUAUACAUAUGCUCUCUGCAGUGAUUCAACCAAGGAAACGUCGAUGAUAACGUCGGAUGUUCGUGAAAAUUUUGCGGUAAAAUUUUCUUUGACUCUUUGAGGUGAUAUCGAAACGACAGAUGUUGCUGACGAUGAGAUUUCGACAAUACGGAAAUAAUAAAUAAGCAAUUAUGUCGAAUAAUAAUCUCGGCGAAGGGAAAUCUUUUAACAGUACGCUGAUCCAAGAUGUAAAGGUUACGAACGAGAAGUACGACAAGAACAAUGCAGUCGCCCCGCACAAAAGCAACGAGGAAAUGGUCAAAAAGUCGAGCAAAGCGACUCAGAUCGAUCUUAUCCAAUUUUCUUACGGUACGCAGAGAAUCAGGCCACCUUCUUUGGGUUAUUUGCCGAAACAGAUGCACACCAGCGAAUCCAAUUAUCCAAGCUAUAACUCGAAGAGUUCGUCGUUGUGCCCGUCUCAGAGCGAGUUAGUUCUAUCGCCAAGAAACAAGAACAAUCGUUAUGUAGCUUUAGAUAUGAGAUCGAUGAGCAGUCUUCCAUUUUCAAAUAGCCAUACCUCGAUAAAUAACAUGCCGUACACAUGUUGUUGUACGUGCACGGGAUCACCAGGAUCACCAACACCCUCCUCCAGACAAAUGGAGGAACAAGAUGGUCCUGAAGGUCUUUCGUGGAGGAGAUUACACAUGAGCAGAGCUAAAUUAAAAGCUACUGCAACAACAUCGGAAUUAUUAAGCGGUUUCGCUAUGAUAGCUAUGGUUGAACUGCAAAUAAAUGAGCCAACCGCGGUGCCCGAAUGGCUGUUUGUGAUGUUCGCUGUUUGCACAACCGUCCUAGUAUCAGUACACAUCUUUGCUUUAAUGAUAAGCACGUAUUUAUUGCCGAAUAUCGAGGCCGUCAGUAAACUUCACGUGUCUCGCCUCGUUUCGGAAUCACCUCAUGAAAGAAUGCGCGGCUUCAUCGAGCUGGCUUGGGCAUUUUCCACGGUAUUAGGAUUAUUUUUGUUCCUAGUGGAGGUAGCUAUACUGUGCUGGGUGAAAUUCUGGGAUUAUUCGUUUACCGCCGCCACUGCCAGUACUAUCAUAGUCAUUCCAGUCCUUAUAGUGUUCAUCGCGUUCGCCGUUCACUUCUAUCAUUCCUUAGUGGUAUAUAAAUGCGAAUCAACGGUGACCGAUAUGAACGAGUUGGAAAAUAUCAAGAGAAAUUUAGAUAAUGUAGCGAUGGGGCAGAGCAGCGUAUGAUAAAAUUAAAGAUUUCGAUUUUCAAAUCAAUUUCCAAGUCGAUUGGAUUGUGUCCUUGUCUUCUAAAAUACAUCCCAGAGACUGCGUAUUAUUUAUCCGUUGUUUUACUGGAAAUUAUUGUAAUCAUACUCAAUAACGUAUACGCUAUACACUACACACGUUAAUAACGAUGAAAGAAGAACACAUGUAAGUUUAUUCAAUAACUUUACUUAUUCAAUACGAUCACGCGAAAGCGACCGUAUUUUUAUUAUAUAUAAAAAUGUACAUAGCUGUACACAUGCAAGUCGAGAAUUGCAACAGUACAAGCAAAGUGCUCUUAUAAGUAUAUCAGCUAUAUUAUUUAGCAUUUAAUUAUAUCCUAUUUAUGACUUAAUUCCCAAUUUCUUCUUUAAAUGUAUCUCUCAUUUACCUUUUUAUUUCAUACAUCAUAUCAAUAUAUAUAUAUAUAUCAUUUUGUCACUUAGUUUGUGGAAAAACUGAAGGACAGUCGAGUGUGUUAUUUAUGUACAUGCUUCCCAUUCUGAAACUUAUUAUAUCCUAGUCACAAUAAGUUACUCAUCAGACUUGAAGAUUCUCGUUGAUUAAAACGUGAUUUGUUACAUGAAUUUAUAAAAAAGAAGAAAUGUAAUUUUAUGCAUCUUUCACUUUCACCAUAAACUAAGUUGUUAGUUUAAUCUUAUAUCCGAUAUUUUCUACAUUAUUAUGCAUUAAAUUUUGUUUGUACAAAAACAAACAAUUUGUAUUAAACAUAGAAAUGUAAUUAAAGCAAGAACAUAAUAUAAUCAUUUUCCUAUAUAAAAAAUAAUUCAGGGAUUUCACUCUAAUAAUGAAAGCAUUGAAACACAUUUUAUUAUUGCAUAAUAUCUCUGAUGAAAUAUUUUUCGUUUUUACUAAAAACGAAACUAA